UCCUCAGCCUCAGCUACAGCACUCCACCCAUCCAUCCAUCUUCUAUCACUUACUCCUUCUUCAGGGUCACGGGGAACCUGGAGCCUAUCCCAGGGAGCAUGGGGCACAAGGCGGGGUACAUCCUGGACAGGGUGCCGGUCCAUCGCAGGGCACAAUCACAUAAACACUCACACACCCAUUCAUACACUGUAGACACUUUAGACACGCCAAUCAGCCUACCAUGCAUGUCUUUGGACUAGGGGAGGAAACCGGAGUACCCGGAGGAAACCCCCACAGCACAGGGAGAACAUGCAAACCCCACACACACAUGGCGCAUUCACAUGGUGUGAAUUGAACCCCGGACCCUGGAGGUGUGAGGCGAAUGUGCUAACCACUAAGCCACCGUGCGCCCCAGCUACAGCACUCCAGUUCAUAAUUGGUUUCAAAUAAAGAUGUGCGACUAUUAUUCUUUUUAAUCCCACCCACACAGUUAUAAUUUUUUGUUUGUACAUGCCAGCGAUAGUUUCUAACAAAUUUAGUUGGUUCUAUUUCCAAAAAAAAAUGGACAAACUAAUAGCCUUAUUUAGGAAUUAUAUGCAUUCUCAUAUAAACACAUCAUCAUGGUGGCAAACCUUCGCUGUUAGUCUGAGUGCCUUGAAUGAGGUCAUUGCGAGAGGGUUUGACAAUGCCAUUCAUCUCUGGACAGGAGGCGCUGUUUUCUCCGGGCACAGAGCUCCGAAGUCCAGUGGAGGCGACAAUACGGCAUUUAUCAGACCUAUAGGUAGGGGGAGGUAUAGAGGGAUUUUUUUUUUUUUUUUUUUAAAGAGAAAUGGAGGAAUAAGAGGAAAAUAUGGAUUCAAAUCUUCAAACGAAAAUACUUUUUGUGCCAUACUCCUGAGCACUACUGUCCCUUAUAAGAGGUAAGCUAAAAGUCUACUAAGUUGUCUGUUUAGCUCAUUUUAUGAUCAUUUUAAACAUGUCUGUAAUGUUAAAUAAAGUUAAUAAUAAUACGCACGUCAAGGAACUCACCUGGACAGUGCAAUGCCCAUGGUUUUGGAUCGAAGGCAUUCGGGAGUCGCAGCCUUCUUCACUGCUACGGGCCAAAAGGUACAAAAGUCGACGCAACCAUCCUGACGCACACACACACACACACGGCUGGAAAAGUCUGCAGUCGAGCCAAAUCACCCUACAAGAACCAACAUCCUCAACGAUGCUGAGGAAAAUCGAGGAAUCCGGCUCCUGGCCAUGGUGCUCGUUUGUUCUCCAUGUGUAAAAAAGCGACCGUUUUUUUCUUUCUUUCUUCUCGUUUGUUCCUGUCCCCUUCCUCCCGUCCUUAUUUUAGUAGGUUGCCGUGGUUAUGCGGCAGCGUGAAGUGCUCUACAUGAGCCAGGGUGAGCUGGACAUGACAGGAGCUGUGUCUGUGUCUCACGCCCAGGGUUCGAAAGCUCAUCAGGACAUCACAGGCAGUAUGGAGACCUGGAAUGGCUGCCUCAGAUAUACAGGCACCUUAAUCUCCAAAUGGUCGUUGUGGCUGCGGAUACGAGGUCCUGCUUCAGUGUGUGAUGUCUAUAAAUCCCUGGCCCCAUUAAUGCUCUACGCUGUUGCCCUGGUGGUUGUAGUUUUAUAUGCACUCGCAGAUCAGCUCCAUGACUUUGUGUGCAGGAUCUUAAUUCCGCAGUACUACUUCCCAUACACCACACCGCUCGCGCUCAUACAGGUGCUCCUGAACGUCCUGGCAUUGCUGGGUCUGCGUGCUCUGGGUGUCGUGCCACUGAAUCCGUUCUCUCUCAGGCUAGCUGAGAGGCUUAUGGUGCCUGCUGUGUGUGGUAGUGUCCAGUCUGUUCUGGCAAUGUGGGCACGGGCGAGUGCACACUCGGGCUUGUUCCCCCUCAUCGGGCGCCUCCUCCCGCUCUUCAGCCUGGCAUGGGGUCACCUACUGGGUGUCAGCAAGCCUAACUCCGCCCACUUCACCUGCCUGCUCACGGCCAUCACUCUCACCUCUAUUGGAAUUACAGCGUACGAGGGUGUGUACGACGUGGAGCCGCUGGAAUAUUUCUACUCUCCUCUAAGCCUGUUCCUGCACAGUCUCUCCCUGGCCUGGCUGUCCAAUGUCGCCCAGACUGAGCGAGACCAUGCUACGACUUUUGACCUCUACUACACCCUGUCAGUGACCCAGAGUGCCUUACUGGUACUGCUAUGCGUGUUGCAUCCGGACACUGCGCGAGCGAUCACGCACGGCAGCUGGCACACCCUGCUCUUUCUGGGAUACUUGUUAUCCGUGCUCCUCCUGGGCUCUGUACAGAUUUUUCUAGUGAACGUAACGGCGCUGAGGUACUCGCCGCUCACUGCGGCUCUGCUACACUCUGCCAGAGGACUCGCAAUGCCGCUUAUUAAACUAUUAUAGCACAAAGCCAGCGAUCAGAGAGGACGCUCAAGCAUCCAGUCCAGUCGCAGACAUUUAGAAAGACAUUUGAUUUCAUCAUCAGGUCAAGUAAGCUAAAUAAUGUUUUGGAAGCGACAAAAAGCAGAAAAUGUAGAAGCACAAUACAUAAAAUCAUACAGACACAGGUCAAGAGCUUCAGUUAAUGUUCACACCAAACAUCAGGAUGCAGAAUAAAUGUGAUCCCAGUGACUUUUACCAAAGAUAAGCUAAAAGGAACGCUACAGUAUCUCAAAUCACCACUCUUUACAACCGUGGUAAGCAGAAAAGCAAAGCAAGAUAAAUUCACACUCUUAAAAUCCGUAUCCCGUGUUUAUGUUUCUGUAAAGCUGCUUUGCGACAACGUCCAUUGUUAAAAGUGCUACAAAUAAAAUUGAAUUGAAUUGAG